CAGGACGGUCUGUGCUAACUGCUAACGGCUAAUUUCAAAACAUCCCGCCAUGACAGUUGUCCCAGCAUGCCUUUCACCUCUGAGCAGCGGAAAGCUGCUUUUCCGACACGACAGAGUUCCGCACGUGAGAGCGAGCGAGUGUGUGAAGAUUUGAACUGAAGGUGAGACCUCACCUGGAUCCUACGGGCUCAGGACUCGGGCUCAGGACUCAGCUUUCAGUCUGUAGAGAUGGAGGAAAGUACAAUUACAACACAAAGACAGGAGGACGAAGAGGAGGAUGAAGAAGAGGAUGGAGCUGCAGCAGGGAGAGGAGGUGAUGAUGAAGAUGAUGAAGACUCAUGUGUUGAUGAAGAGCAGAAAGACGACGAUGAUGAUGGUGAAACUGCUGCUGAAAUGAAGAAGAAGACCAAACAGAAAGGUGUUGGAGUGACUUCCUGUCCUGACAGGAAGUGUAUUCCAGGUAUCGUGUACCUGGGUCACAUUCCUCCGAGGAUGCGGCCCAAACACCUGAGGAACCUGCUGUCAGUGUACGGAGAGAUUGGACGCGUCUUCCUCCAACCUGAAGCUGGUCAGGUGAGAAAGAGGAAGAGGAAGGCGGGGCUGAGGAGGUGUGACUUCACUGAAGGAUGGGUGGAGUUCAGAGAUAAACGAGUGGCCAAGCGAGUGGCAUCAUCUCUCCACAACACGCCGAUGGGAACUAGGAAACGCCAGCGCUUCUCCUCGGACCUGUGGUCCAUCAAGUAUCUGCACAGGUUCCAGUGGACUCACCUGAGCGAGCGGCUGGCCUACGAGCAGACGGUCCUGCAGCAGAGACUCAGGACUGAAGUAUCUCAGGCAAAGAAAGAAACAAACUUCUACCUGAACAACGUUGACAAGAGCGCUAACCUGGACAAACUGAGGAGGAAGAGACAGCGAGAUGGGCAACAGGUGGAUGAGAGGAAGUGGGACUUCACUCAGCGUCAGACAGAGGACGAGAUCCAGAUGAGGAAGAAGAAGAAAAACUCUGUUACCCAGAAGCACCUAGACAAGGCCCGCCUCAUCCAGCAGAAGAGCCAAUCAAAUGUCUCCCUGCUGGCCAAGAUUUUCAACUCCAACAAAUCAGACAGCUGAUUGGCUGUUGGACAAAAUUUUCAGUUUGUCUUUGUUGCUAUUAACAAGCUUGUUAAGUAUUUUGUUUUCACCUUAAUGAGCGGUUAAGUCUGUUGUUAUUUUGAUAAUAUAUUAUUUUGAUAACUGAACAGGUUACCUUGGUAACCUUUGACUUCAUGAAACUGACUUAUCUGUCAGUGUCAUGAUCGUCACUCUUACAGUAUGUGAUGUCAUCAUUGUUCACCUGAACAAGUCGUUAUCCUGUGAUGAUGUCACCUGUCUGUGUAACAUGUUGUAAAUAAAUGUACCUUCAGGUGUUCCUCGUU